AUGUCUAUUCAACAGAAAAUCAAUGACAUUGAAUUAGAGUUGUCUAGAACACAAGUAAAUAAAGCAACAAUGCACCACAUUUGUUUGUUAAGAGGUAAAUUAGUUAAAUAUCGAAAGAUGUUAGCUCCAAUUAAAUUUGAAAGUUGUAUUACAGGAGAAGAGUUAAAGAGUUUUGAUUAUGGAGAUGCUCGUGUUGGUAUUGUUGGGAUGAGUGGUGUAGGAAAAACUACUUUAUUUGAACUUAUUAAAGAAGAGGAUGCUGACGGAAAGUAUGAGUCUAAUGGGUAUAAAUAUAUUCCUGGAAUAAUUGAAAGUGAUGGAAAAAGGCUCGAAUUGAUUGAUGUCCCUGCAAUUAAUGAUAAUUUUAAUGGAAAUAAAGGAAAGAAUAGAAAUAAAAUAGGACUCGACAUUGCUAAAACAUGUGAUGUAUUGAUUAUCCUUUGCGAUGGAACAAAAGAAGAAGAACUAAAAGAUCUACUUGUUAAUCAAUUAGAAGCAGUUGGUAUCCGAAUCAAUAAGAAACGACCUUCAAUCAGUAUUGAAAAGAAAGAAAGAGGAGGAAUUAAAUUUAACAGUUCAUGUGAACAACCAGAUUUGACAACAGAUCGUGUGAUUGAACUUGUUCAAAAAGAAUUUCUUAUAGAAAGUGCUGAAAUUAAAACGAAUGAAAGAAUUACUGAACAAGAUUUAAUUGAUACAUUAACUGGAGAUGUAAAAUACAUUCAAUGCCUUUUUGUUUUAAAUAAAUGUGAUAUUUUGGAUGAUGAAACAAAAGAGACAUUAACAAAUGAAAAGUCAUGGUUAUGUAUUUCAGCUGAUGAUGGAGAAAAUGUAGAUGUAUUAUUAGAGAAGAUAUGGGAAAUUGUAGGAUUAUUUAAAGUCUAUCCAAAGACAAAAACAGGAAUUAUAGAUCUUGACCAUCCGAUAAUUUUGUCUUAUCUUACUUCUUCUGUUGAAUACUUUUGUUUUAAAUAUAACAAAUCAUUGUUAAAUGAUUUUAAAUAUGCUUUAGUAUGGGGUAAUAGUGUUGCUCAUUCACCUCAACAAGUUAACAAAGACCAUUUAUUACAAGAAGAUGAUACUGUUCAAAUUUUUACUAAAUAA